AUUCAAAGUGCUCGCCAUGUUUAUUCUAGCAGUUUAUUUUCUUUCUCUUUUUCUCGUGUGUUGAAAGAACGUGGAGUCAAAAUGGCCAAGCGCACCAAGAAGGUUGGAAUUGUAGGAAAAUAUGGCACACGCUACGGUGCCUCGCUGAGGAAAAUGGUGAAGAAGAUUGAAAUCACCCAGCAUUCAAAAUACACCUGCACAUUCUGCGGAAAGGACGCCAUGAAGCGCGCUGUUGUGGGCAUCUGGUCAUGCAAGAGGUGCAAACGCCGAGUAGCCGGAGGAGCCUGGGUUUAUUCCACGACAGCUGCAGCGUCCGUGCGAUCGGCAAUCCGGAGACUGAGGGAGACCAAGGAGCAGUAAAAACCUUCUCAAUUUAUUCCUGUCUCGCCGGAAGUGAAAUAAAAACACCUUCAUUUAAAAUAACAA